AUGUGUACGCACAUGCAGUACGGCUACUUCCAGCAGCAGGUCCAGAAAUCGAGAAACAAACAAGUACAGAUGAUCUUCGACAAAGGAUUCGGAAUACAUCACGCGGGCAUGUUGCGUUCCGACCGCACGCUGACGGAGAAGAUGUUCCUCGCCGGGGUGGUCCCUGUGUUGUGCUGCACGGCGACCUUAGCAUGGGGUGUCAACUUGCCAGCAAGGAGCGUGAUCAUCAAGGGUACCUCGAUUUUUGACUCUCAAGCCGGCGGCUAUAAGGACUUGGGCAUCCUGGAUGUGCAGCAGAUCUUCGGUCGUGCUGGGCGACCUGGCUUUGACACCCAAGGUCACGCGACCCUGAUCACUGAACACGCCAAGCUGAACAACUAUUUGCGGCUGCUCUUGCAUCAGAUGCCCAUCGAGUCGCGAUUCUUGGAGAAUAUGGCCAAUGCAUUGAAUGCUGAGAUCGCCAUGGGCAACGUCUCUGGAGAGAAGGAUGCGGCGGAUUGGUUGCGCUAUUCGUACCUCUUCGUCCGCUUCUUCCGCACUCCCCAAAAGUUUGGCAUUACCCAGCAGGACUUUGAGACCGAUCCGACCCUAGAGAAGAAGCGUCGGGAGUUUGUUCAUGAGGCGGCUACGAAGCUCUGCAACGCUAGACUCAUCCGCAUCGACAACAAUCGCAACUACAAUCCCACAGAUCUGGGUCGUGUCGCUGCCCGUUUCUAUGUGGAUUGGGAGACUGCGGAAUCCUUCUCCAAGGGCUUGGUGCAAGAGAUGAGCGAUGACAGGAUUUUGGCCCUCUUUGGAAAGGCCCAUGAGUUCUCGCAGCUCAAGAGCCGCGAAGAUGAACAAGCCGAGCUGGGUACUUUGAUGGAGGACCCCCAGGUUUGCCCUGUGCGCGGUCUCGGUGGCACAGACAACGUCUAUGGCAAGGUGGCAAUCCUACUGCAAGUUUAUCUCAGCCGCAGAUACAUUGACGGUUUCAGUCUGGUGAGUGACUGCAACUACGUCCUGCAAAAUGCCUCCAGGCUUUUCCGCGCAUUGUUUGAGAUUACCAUGACUCGAGUGACCAACAUGAGCGAGAUGAGCGACCGUCUCCUCGAGUGGUGCAAGAUGAUCGACCAGAGGCUGUGGCAAAGUCAGCAUGUGUUGCGACAUUUUUGCUACCCCCCUGGGAGUGCCAACAGCAACAAGGGCGGCAAAUCUCUGGAUGAAGGGCCCAAGGGCGGAGUGUUGAAGGAACAGAUCGUCAAGAAGCUGGAGGAUGCCAAUUUCGACUACUGGACCAUCCUCAACAUGACGGUCAGCGAGCUGACAAACAUCACUGGCAGUAAGGAUUGGGGCAGGGCAGUGGACAAAUACAUGAGGCGAGUUCCGAACUUGACCUUGGACGCGAAGAUUCAGCCAAUCACAUCGAUGAUUAUGAGGAUUACGUUGACCAUCAAACCCGAGUUCGAUUGGAGUGAUCGCUGGUCAGGGCCAAGUGAGCCAUUUUGGGUCUGGGUGGAGAAUCCCGAGUCACAGGACAUUCUUCACAGUGAGUACUAUGUGCUGCACAAGAGGAAUCUCCAGGACUCAGGCCAGCUGUCCUUCGCGAUUCCCUUGACAGAGCCGCGGCCUCCGCAAUACGUGAUCAGCGUGGUCAGUGAUCGCUGGGUCGGAGUAAAGUUUGCUCAUGAGUUCUCUGUUCAGCACUUGCUGCUUCCAGAUCGGCAACAGGCUCAUACGUCCUUGCUGGACCUCACGCCCAUUCCCGUGAGUUCUCUUCACAACCCCAACUUCGAGAGGCUCUACAAGUUCACACACUUCAAUGCGAUCCAGACGCAGGUUUUUCACACUUGCUACCACACGGAUUACAACGUGCUGCUGGGAGCUCCAACAGGCAGUGGCAAGACAAAUGUUGCAGAGCUCACUAUGUUUCGACUCUUUAACAACACCCCAGAUGAGAAGGCCAUGCCGAAAGCGGCUGAAGAGUCAACAUGA